AUGGCCCCUAAGGUGGAAAACAAGCAAGGUAGGUUGAAUACGUGCGAUGCGAUUGCUGGUGCUGCCGCCAAGGCAGUCCUGAAGGGUGCAGGUGCCAACAAGUCUCGCAAGAUCCGCACCUCCACCACCUUCCACCGCCCCAAGACCCUCCAGCUCUCCCGGUCGCCCAAGUAUCCCCGCAGCUCGAUCCCACAUGGCCCUCGCCUCGACUCGCACAAGGUCAUCCUCUUCCCUCUCAACACCGAGAGCGCCAUGAAGAAGAUUGAGGAGAACAACACCCUGGUCUUUAUUGUGGACGUCAAGGCCAACAAGCGCCAGAUCAAGAUGGCCCUCAAGAAGUUGUACGAUGUUGAGACCGUCAAGGUCAACACCCUGGUCAGACCCGAUGGAUCGAAGAAGGCCUUUGCUCGGUUAACCCCUGACGUGGAUGCUCUGGACGUCGCUGCCACCAAGCUGGCCAUUGUCUAG